GUCCUGCUAUGUAUUUAAAGUAGAUGUAGUUGAGCAGGAUGCAGGAGGAGAAAAAUCAUGAGUGAACACAAAAACAAUUACUAGAUAGACUCAUCAUCUACUUCAAAUUCAAAAUGAAAUGAUCCUCCAUUGUUUUUGUUCGACUCAACUACUUCAGAUCGUGAAUAGGUUUCGAUCAAAAAACGUUUUCCCACUUCGUUUCCUCACAAACCGCAUUUAAAUCUCUUGUUGCGCCCAACAUCACACAACUAAGUAGUUGUAUCAGAGGUAUUUUCAUCUAGAUCUGAUCUAGUGCAAUCUUAAUCUUAAUCGUAAUCCAUCACUAUCGCGGCGAAGUUGAACAUUAUUGAAGUAAGAAUUAGUUCAUCUUUUGGAAGAUAAGUUAGCAAUGAAUAGCAUUCGAUAUUCAGAAUCCAUCUUCCUCGGUCUCGCAAUAUUUUUAUUCACAAGGAACGAAUAUUUUCUAUUUCUAUCAUAUUUUGAUAUGUGAUGUACUUAGAAGUUGUUAUUUAGUCAAGGAAUAUCGCUUCAUCAUUCUCUACUUAUCGUUGAAAGCGCACCACUGCGACUCGCACUUAAAAGUCCGUCACGCGUCACGGUCACUCUUAUUUUUUCCAGAAUAAUCUUUAUCAUUAUUUUUAUCAACUUUCAUCAAUUCUUAGAAAGUCGAAGUCCACACAAUACCAAACGUCGUAUUAGAUUGAUUUAUAAGAUUCAUACAACGCAGUCUCGCGCGAGGUUUUUGUAAAGCAUUGCGUCGUCUUCAACUAUAGCAGCUUGUCAUUUUUUCAUAUAGAGACUCUGCACCUUCUUUCGCAUGAUCUAUGUAUCGAUGUUACGUGUAACAAAUGAACCAAAAAAGUAAUAUUAUAAAGGAGUGAAAGAUCAUAAAAUCCAUAACCAUAAUCAUUUUCACUACCUGGUAGAACUACUAGCUCUUCUUCGCUUCGUGGUUGCAAAAUUGAGACUGUUGAUGUCUUGUUUGUCGGGUAGGAACUACUAGAGAAAAGGUGCUGACUGAGUCCACUCGUCGAUAGUAAAUAAUUAUCGGCGUUGUCGUCGUCAUUCUACAACUAGUCGAUCGUAUCAUCUUCAAGUACAAGUGUUUCUAGACCGUGGAUAUUCGCUUCGUCGUGGAGGUAUCUUCGUGUACUAUUUGCAUUGAACAAUAAUAAUUUAAAACUAAGCUUCUGUAAGGGAUCGGAAGAAAUACAACGAGUUGUUCUUGUAUACCUCGGCUCCGUAGAUUCUUCAAAUUCUUUCAUCAUGACCACAAAAGUUCAGCAUAAGCCAAUGGGUCGAACAAUAAUUUAUCCCAAAUUAGGUGUGUCCUUGAGGUUUUGAUUAGUAGUGAAAGUUUUGCAUUUUCAGCGGGAUCAUCUCCUUCGUUCUGUGUUGUAGUUGAAGUUGAUGAAGAGCUACAUAGUUACUAACUACUACUAGUUUCUACUUGUUGUAAGCAUUGAUUGAACGGCGCUGUGGCUGUACCUCCUCCUGUUGUAAUUGUAUCAAUAUCAAUAUCGUAAUAUUAUAGUUUUUGCAUACUACUAGAAAUUUUUUUUUUCAUUUUUUUGUUCUUGGUCGACCUUCUUUCGUCGUGCAGCAAGGAUUUUCGUUCGUCUAGUACCACGACAGUCACCAGCACUUUCUUCGAGGGCGACCACAAGAACGUAUGCUCUACUAUUCCCCGGAGCUCGAUCAAAGAAUGGCCUGGGCUGACCACCGAUCUCCCGACUUGUUCGCGGAUCAUAUGCUAACCCAACUUGCAGAAGCAGCCAUGGCGAAUAAUAAGGUGCUUUUAGUUUUAUUGUACUUAACAAGAACUUCUAGUAGUACGAUCAACUAGUGGAAUAGACCAAGAAUUAAGUAAUGGGAUGAAAGCAGUCGUGGAAUAGAUGUAGAUCGAUGAAAAAUCUUUAUCUACUUAGGAGAAGCUCGUACUUGAUCUCACACACAGGACCUUGUGCCACUCGAGGCGUUGUACGAGUCGCCCGAUCACAGAAAGCCGAAAAAGGGAGCAUCCCAUGCUGGUCACCGAAGGGGAUUUCCCGGAAAAGGCAGCGCAGAUGGGAUAUCUAAGGGAGGAAGACACAGUACUAUCCAUACUUGAAGAUUUCAUAUUUAUAAUUUUUUAUCGUUGUUGUACAUGGAGUUACUUGGUCCUUUGGCUGUACUAGUGUACGUCCUUGAGGGUCUGAGGUCUGAAGAUCAUGCACAUUAAUUUGAUACUCUCAAAGACAAAAUAAAUCCCAUACAACGUCCACGUCGCAUUAACUUUUUUAACUUUAACAGACAGAGCCGGUCACGUGAGGGGGAACCGGAAUCACGUCGAUCUUGGCGAACAUCAGAAGGAAGGCGCCCAAGAGGUGAAAGUCACGACGACCGUGAUCCACCAUCAUCCACCUAAGGAGACUAUGAAUGACGUGGGAACGCCGCCACCGAAUGGAGGACAGACGCUGCUGAUCGCUUACUUUCCUUGGGAAGCAACGGAGGAUGACGUGGCACGGGAGUUUGGCCGCUUUUGCCAGGUCCGACGCGUGCAUUUGGUCUUGGAUAAGAACAACACGAGACCAAGAUGCUUCGGGUACUACAACCUUUGGUCUUAAGAACUUGAGUCACUGUUUGUUCUCCAUCAUCUUUAUCAAUCUUUAUCUUCGAGGAGUUCAAGUACGUAGAAAAAGCAGAUGAACAUGAUGUUGAUUUUGUGAUGAUCCUUUGAUACUAUUUCAUGCAUCAUCAAAUAAUCCUGUUGUGGUGUUGAUUCAUUGAUGUUGAUGACUUCUGCGCACCACAUCACUUUCAGAUUCGUCAAGUUCGCCAGUCCUGAAGAUGCCAUUCUUGCUCUAGAUGCAACCAGGGAUGGUCGCGUGACCCUCAACGACAGCCGAAAUCACGUCUGGCAUUUGAAAGCCGAGUGGGCGAAAACAGGUGAUAUGGUCGAUGACGAAAACAAAGCUGGAAAAAGUCCGGGUACUCCUUUGAUACAAAAAAAUGAAGAGAAGGUUGAACUUGAAGAUGAUGAUGACGAUGAUUUGUACAUGUAGAAGAUGUCUUUUGAAAUUGAGGUUGAACUUGAAGAUGAUAUACAUGUACUAAACGUCUUUUGAGUUGGAAUGAACUCCAGACCUCCAGGUAGUAAUAAAUAGUAUUAAGAUAUUAUCCCUUUAUUAUAUUUGCAGAAGAUUACUCUUGUACGUCGAAAGCCUCGCAUAGAGAAAGAAGUGAUGUACAAUUUCUCCACAACCUCCACUUUCUCCACAACCUCCACACUAAUCACAGUUCGCAAGGGCAAGGCAGGCUACAAGGGUGCUGGUGGCAAGGGCAAUAGCUAUAUGUUGAAUGGCUCGACGACCGCUUCGUCCUCUUCUGGUUCGGGCAAUUAUUAUCACCACCAGCAUGGCUAUCUUCAACAGCAGGGCAAGGGCAUGCAGCAGAAGGGCAAGAGCAAAGGAGGCAAAGGAGGGCAUCAAGGUACGCCAACCCGGAAGCUUGUUGAUGACUAUGCGCCACCGCCAGUGCCGGGACUCCUUGCAGAAGCUGCUCGUACUUCUACUACUUUAGUUUAUUGCUUUUCACUUCUACUCUUUUCACUUUUUUACUACCCUGGUUCUCUUCUGGUUCCUCUAGAGUAGAACGUGGUGAAAAUACCGUGUUUAUUCGUAGAACUAGGGCAUGAUGUUGAAGAAGAUUAAGAGUUAGAUCCACCCUGCUCGUGGUCUUACUCCUUUGCUGACAUGAUAAUGAAGAUCUUCUAGUAGAUCUAGUUGCAAAUAUCUUCAAUAUGUUGGGACGAGCAAGUAUUUACAGCAAGAAAUUGAACGACAACAACAUGAAGUAGAACUACAUGAACAUUAUCACUGCCCAGAGUAAGAAGUCGUACUACUCAAUAUCUCACCAGUGAACGCGGAUGGUGCAGCAGCAAGUAGAUAUGGCACUACCUAUGGAGGCGUUGAUCUUCCUUAUGGUACUACUGCAGCGGGAAGUGGAGCGGCAGGAGGAAAUUUGGUUACGAUAGAUCAACUCCAGAACUCAAGAGUGGCUGCCGCACAACAGGUCUUGAUGCUGGAGCAGAUCCGCCAGCUAAGCCAAAAUCCGCUACUUCCAACAAGCAUUAGUGCGUUGCUACAGCAACAGGUAUUACCUUUCCUAAUUAUUAUAGUGAUUCCUUUUCGUUCAGAAACAGGAUUAGGUUUGUCUAGUAGUGAAAGUAAAAAAAUUCUUGAAGUUGAAUAAUCUAUCUUCUUGAUCUUCUGGAAUUAGAAGAAGUAAGAAAGCACCCUCGAAACCCUAAGCCAACCCUUAUUUCUAAUGAAGACAACAUGAUGAUCCUCUUCAUCUUCUUCACGUUCUCCACCUUCAGGCAACUAUGUCCGCUCCUUUGCCGCUUUACUCUGCUGGAGGUGAUGCUGGCCGUGCGGGGAUGCCAUUGUAUGCAACUUCCAGUGGAGUUCCUGCUUACUACACCGGUGGUGCUGAGGGCCUACUUGAUGCCGCUAGUUGGGCAGCUAGUACUAUGCCACAAGUCGCCCUUCUGCCGCAAUGGGAGCACGAUGCAUUGCAUUUAUAAAAAGAAAAAUACAGUAGGAGUAGAGUUGUUGUACGAGCAGAAGAACAGGCACAGGUAGAAGUAUUAUCAACAAGAUGUAGAGUUGUGCAUCAUCAAGAUGAAGAACAGGUAGAAGUAUAGUCAACAAAGUGUCAAAUAAUCAACAAGAUAUUGGCUAUGAAAGCCAAGGCUGCUUGUGCUGCAGUGAAAUACCUUCUAGAUGAACAAGUAUGAAAAUGUAUUUAGCGAAACAGAAAAAGCCGAAACAUUUUUUGAUUGUGACUCAACAGUGUUUUUGUUUUGUAAUGAAAAAUUAUGGGCUGCAUGAUGUGCUGCUAGUGAAGUAAAAAUAG